GGGGUUGAAAGUUCACUGUCACAAGACUUGACCCACUUCCACACCACGUUGCACACGCCUUUAGCUCGAGCCUAAAAAACAAUGGAGAUUCCUGUGUUUACAUUGGAUUCCUUCACAAAUUUACCCUUCAAAGGAAAUCCUGCGGCUGUCUGUCCACUAGUGCACGAGUUGAAUGAUGAUCUGUACCAGAAGAUAGCAGCAGAGAUGAACCUGUCAGAAACAGCUUUCAUCACCACGAUCAACCCAUCAGACACGUUCACAACUGGUUCGAGGUUUCGCCUCAGAUGGUUCACGCCAACAACUGAAGUGAAUUUGUGCGGUCACGCCACUCUGGCCUCUGCAGCAGUGCUGUUCCAGUAUAAAAAGAACGUUAAUCCAAGGUUGGUGUUUGAGACCAAGAGUGGAGACCUGACGGUUACCCAGAAAAAGGAUGGRUACAUCAUGGACUUCCCUCUGAAUCCUCCCACCCAGCAGGAUCCCGAGAACUUCAAAGACAUUAUAAAAGCUGCAGUUGGAAACCUCCCGAUUCAAGGCGUUUUUCUGAGCACGACUAUGAAGAAGCUCAUAAUUCGUCUGUCUGACAGCUGCGACAGGUCUGCAUUAACCGGUCUGAAUGUUGACCCUGCAGCUCUCCUGAGCGUGGAGACAGAYGGACAAAUCAAAGCAUUAAUCGUCACCAUGAAAGGGUCACCGGAUUGUCAGCCAGGAUAUGACUUCUACUCCAGAAACUUUGCUCCCUGGGUUGGGAUCCCAGAGGAUCCAGUUACUGGUUCUGCACACACAGUCCUGGGAAGCUACUGGUCAAAAGAACUUGGAAAAAAGAAGAUGCUGGCUUACCAGUGCUCCAGCCGAGGCGGGGAACUGGAACUUGAAGUGCGAGACGAUGGAAGGAUCAACAUCGCAGGAGAAGUCGUCACUGUGCUGCAGGGAAUAAUCAGACUAUAAGAAAUAAAACAAUUCAGAAAGUCCUCAUGUAUUGAAUGAAACCGAAAUAAAUGAAACAAUUUUAAAAAAGGUAAAGAUAA